AUGGAGCUUCCCGGCCGGAGAACUCGGAUUAAUUCCAAGGACCGACACUGUUUAGCAGAAGGGAGAGAUGAAGAUAGAGAUCCUGCUGGCAGCAGCGGUGAUGUAUGGAGGACUUCGGACUUAUCGCAAGGACUUAUGCCCCAGACAAAGCUCUCUGAGGCGUUAAUACUCGACUGGAUUAUACCCCCUAGCUUCUUCACAAUACACUAUCCUACAAGCUUUGGAUGA